GAAUUCAGUGCGCAGCAACCAAAAUCACUUCCAAAGAAUUCUAGCCAAGUUGGACGGACCUAACUCAAGGAGCAUCCAAAUGCCAAAGCCUUGGUCCUAUAGAAGACAUUUUUUGACUUUUUGAGUAGUAUAUGUAGUUUUAUUCUGGCCGCCAACGCAGCUCUUCAUGAUGCAGAAAGGAAAUUACUUGACGUGGGAGAAAAUCAACUUCUGUCUAUGUUGACGCACCGGCCUAUUAGCAAAGAAAGCUGCAAAGUGCUGGGAAUUAAAACACAAUCUACUCAAAAACAGACCAAGGGAAUUGCCUUAAAAGGAGUUCAAGCUAUUUUACAGCCAAAGUGCGCUUAAGAAAGCGGAUAUUCUUAAAACGGUGGAUAUAUUUAUACCAAAUAAACCACGACAUCAACUGAUAUGGAGAGCAAAGCGUUAAUAUAGAGCUGCGGUGRCUAAACAAUAAUGGGAAAGCCAAUGCUUCGCGAUGAACUGUGGAAAAUCAACGUUGAACAGCUAAAGACAUGGUUACCGAAUGCGUAUUACUACUUGUUUUAUGGCGCUCUCGGCUCACUCUUUCCAUUUCUUAAUAUUUAUUACAGAUCUGUUGGACUAAAACCGUGGCAGAUUGGGAUUCUUGGAGGGAUUCGUCCUCUGAUUGCCUUAUUUAYUGGUCCAUUUUGGUGCUACGUGUCAAACCGUUAUGAAGUGCGAAAAUUUAUUUUGCUAGCAUCSUUAAUUGCAUGGGUUAUUUUUACGCUUCCAAUUGCAUUUGUAAACCAUGCUCAUAAUUCUGCAACCUGCCCCUCGAGAAGUACGAAGUCUUCCAACGAGACGAAAUCUAGUGAAAACAAUACUAAAUCAUGGAAAAAAGAAUUUAUUACCAGCGAUACAUUCAGCGGUUUUGAUGAAUUCUUGAGRAAUCUUAAGGACGUCGGCGAGAGAAGAGUUAGAAGGGACAUUAGGUCUAAGAGUGGGCAAAUGAAAUUACCGGAGAUAAACCCAAGAUUCAGUGUUGAUCUUGGAAAGCCAUUAUUCAAUAGCUUUUCUCUUUCGGGAAUGACUUUCCGAAAAGAGCCAAUCGUAGAAAUGAAAAAGCCCUAUGAUUUCAAAUCAAGAGGAACACACUAUGUAAACAAGAGGCAGAAUCCGUACGCGAUGACUAUUUUCAUUGAAAUUUUUUUCUUUGUUUUGGUCGGACAAAUGUUCCAGACUCCAACUGAUGACUUCAAUAUACAGUACGAUGGGACAUUUUUGGAGCCAUUAGGAGUUAUGUAUCAAAAUGUACCUGCUAAAAAUAGCUUAUACAGUUCGCUUGGGAUCGGCAUUAUCGCCCUGAUAACUGGAGUCCUUYUAAAGCUCGCUCCGAAGUAUGAAAUAUGUGGUGAGGAAUACAGCGAUUAUCGUAUUUCUUUCUUUMUUUUUGCAAUUUUAAUAACUUCAGCGCUGCUGGUGUCUUUAACGUUUUCUUUUAAGUACCGAAAGAAAAGGAUGAGUUUUGAAGUCCUGCGGUGCUUCAAAGAGCUCUGUGUUUCACAGCAUCUUUGUUUUUUUGGAUUGGUUCUCCUAAUGGGUACAUUCCGAGGCGUGUUGUAUAACUUCCUGUACUGGAAUGUCAUUGAAAUCGAAGGCACAGAGAUCAUAAUAGGCAUAACAGUAGUAAGUCAAUACUUAUCUGACUCGGUGAUGGCUAUGUCGGCACCUAUAUUGAUGAAGUGCAUAGGAUACAUAGGAAUGAUCUUCAUUGGCCUAGCGUCCUAYGCUAUGAGGUUCGUAAUCUAUUCUUGGCUCAGCACUCCAGAUUCUGCCUGGGUUGURCCAUCAGUGGAACUGUUACAAGGGAUCUCUCACUCCACUGCGUGGUCAGCUUUUGUCCUCUAUGUCAUAAAUUACACUCCAAGAUCUACCUAUCCCGUAGGUAUCUUCAUAGUACAAGGGCUGUAUCUUGGGGUCGGUUCGAGCUUUGGUGCGAUGAUUAGCGGUGGUAUGAUCCAAGUUCUAGACACUAACGUAACGUUCAGAUUAUUUAGUUUGGUCAGCAUCUUGUCUUGUCUUAUUUUUACCAUGACACAGCCAACAGGUAAAGAUGAAAUACUUCCAGACGAGGUUGAGCCAWUGGCGUACUUUACCGAUGAAGAUCUAGAUGGGUACUCUAGCUUGAGCGAGGAGGAGCUUUUGUAUGACUACAAAAGGCAGAAUAUUAUCUACAUCCCGCCUAAAGAAGGCGAAGAAGAUGAGAUGGUCCAAAGUGAAAAAGUUAUCCUUCCAUCUACCAAUUCUCCUUUGGUGCCAACGUUCAUGGCGUUUGUCCAUCCACAAAACGAGAAGGAGCCGAUGGAUUAAAUUCUGGCAACUGCUUUCCUCUUUCAAACCAUAUGCCAUUCUAUUGAGUAUUAUUUCAUUCUUUUCUUGUCCAUCAGUAAGUACGCUUGAGAAGAUCCAUACGUAUCUUAUCUGUUCUCGAGGGCACGUAGUUUGAACUGUUGCAUUACGCCCAAAAAUAAUAAGUCUAUUUUAUUCAGAGUAAUUCCCUUGACUGUAUCAUUUCUUUGUUUUCCAGACUUCUUAGAACUUCUUGAUUAUC